UACAGUUUGUUCGCCCUCCUCUCAUCAUCUUCUCUGUGGAUGGGUUCCGUGCCUCGUAUAUGAAGAAAGGAAGCAAAAUUUUACCUAAUAUUGAGAAACUUCGAACAUGUGGCACUCAUUCUCCAUAUAUGAGACCCGUGUAUCCAACCAAGACCUUCCCAAACCUCUACACCCUGGCUACAAUUUGGAUUACGUCUGUCAAACAAGGGGUGAAGGCUGGUACAUUCUUUUGGCCUGUUGUCAUCCACCACGAGAGGAGAAUACUAACCAUGCUUCAGUGGUUGAAUCUACCAGACAAUGAAAGGCCAUAUGUUUAUGCCUUCUACUCUGAACAGCCUGAUGCUGCAGGUCACAAGUAUGGACCAAUUAGUACAGAAAUAAAUACUCCUCUGAAGGAGAUUGACAAGCUUGUAGGACAUUUGAUGGAUGGGCUGAAACAGAUGAAGCUACAUCGUUGUGUCAACAUCAUCUUUGUUGGAGAUCAUGGCAUGGAAGAUAUGACUUGCGACAAGGUGGAAUUUCUGAGUUCUUACUUAAACGCUGUAGAUGACAUUUUUUUGAUUCCUGGAUCCCUAGGACGUAUUCGUUCAAAAAGCAAUCCUAAAUAUGAUCCGAAAGUAAUUGUUGCAAACCUAACCUGUAAAAAGCCAGACCAGCACUUUAAGGCCUAUUUGAAGCAGCACCUUCCUAAACGCCUUCAUUAUGCUAAUAAUCGAAGAAUUGAAGAUGUCCACUUAAUGGUAGAGAGAAAAUGGCAUGUGGCCAGGAAACAAGAGUCUAUCACCAAAAAACCAGGAAGAUGUAUACAUGGAGACCAUGGUUAUGAUAAUAAAAUCAACAGCAUGCAGACUGUUUUUAUAGGUUAUGGCCCAUACUUCAAGUACAAGACCAAGGUACCUCCAUUUGAGAAUAUUGAACUUUACAAUGUUAUGUGUGACCUUCUAGGUUUGAAGCCAGCCCCCAAUAAUGGAUCGCAUGGAAGCCUUAAUCAUCUUUUGAGGAACCCUGUUCAUAAACCAACAGUGCCUGAGGAAGUCAGCAGACCACAGCCACCUGGAAUUACUGCCUUAAGUUCUUCAGAUGACUUAGGAUGCUCCUGUGACGAUAAGAGCAAGGCAGAUGAACUCAACAGACGCCUGUUUAAAACAACAGAAGACAACAAACAUUUGCCAUAUGGUCGACCUGCCUUACUGUAUCGCUCCAGGCUUCUUGCUCUGCAUCACAAUGAUUAUGAAAGUGGCUACAGUGAGACCUAUUUAAUGCCACUUUGGACAUCCUAUACAGUCUCUAAACAGAACUUGCACCUACUGGAGAUGCAAAGUAUGAUGCUCUUUUGAUAACCAACAUUGUUCCUAUGUAUCCUGCCUUCAAAAGAGUAUGGAACUACUUUCAAAAAGUCCUUGUGAAGAGAUAUGCUAUGGAAAGGAAUGGGGUCAAUAUUAUAAGUGGUCCCAUCUUUGAUUAUGACUAUGAUGGUGUAUAUGACACACAAGAGAAGAACAAACAAUAUGUGAAUGGUUCAGUACCAGUUCCAACACAUUACUACAGUAUAAUCACCAGCUGUUUAGAUUUCACACAACCGGCAGACAAAUGUGAUGGUCCUCUGUCUGCUUUUGCUUUCAUACUUCCUCACAGAUCUGAUAACGAUGAAAGCUGUAACUUCAAAUCCACAAAUGUAAAUAAGCAAAGAAAGUAUACUCGAACUUCAAAAGUUAGGAGCCCCGAUGAUGAAUUUAAAUGGGUUGAAGAUCUGCUUAAGAUGCACACAGCACGAGUGCGGGAUGUGGAACUGCUCACUGGGCUAGACUUCUACCGUAAGACUAGCAGAAGCUAUACAGAGAUCCUCUCUCUAAAGACGUACCUUCAUACCUUUGAAAGUGAAAUUUAACCUAUCUGGUGCUCUAUCCUCCUUUCUGCAACUCUUUUAACAGCUGGUGUAUAUUUUUUAUACUUGUAUUAUAUUUAUUAAUUUUUCAAGGCAAGAAGUUAAAAAAAUAUUAGUAUUGCAAUCAUUUGUAUUAAACCGUACAUAAUGAGCAUGUCUGUGUUUUAUUCUCUAAUUGUUUUUAAUUUGGUUGAAAUUCUGUGUAAGUAGUAGUGUCUACACAGUCACUUGUUUGACCCAGACUAAUAUUUGCUGCUGCAGAAAUGUGAUUUGUGUUGAAGCCAAGCUUCCAACCCAGGGCACUCUUAAAUAGAAUGUGCAUAGUCAGUUUUGUGUUGUGUCUUAAACUAAUGACUGUGUAAAAAUGUGUUCCUUAUUUCCUUUUUAUUGUGGUAUUUUAGUGUAUUAAAGACAAGAGACUGAAUAUAAAAUAAACAUUCUAAAUUCCUUUUUCUUA